AUGCGUAUAUCCAUCCCUUCUGUACCGGAACAAGCGGCUCGCAGCACGAUCCAGCACAGCGUCGAACAAGGGGCAAAGCUCGUAGCGGACUUUCUCUCUGCCGCCAAUGGCAAGGCGCUCAUCAUGACCGGCGCGGGGGUAUCCGUCGACUCUGGCAUCGCACCCUAUCGUGGCGAAAAUGGGCGCUAUCUGAAUCAGACAUUCCGACCAAUCUUCUACCACGAGUUUACCGAUACGACCGAGAAAGGACAUAUCGCACGGCAGCGAUACUUCAGUCGAUCGUACCUCGGUUUCCCUCCGGUACGGCGUGCAGAACCCAACGUAUCGCAUUACAGUAUUGCAGCGCUACAACGUCUCGGCUACUUACAAAAUGGCCUCAUCACGCAAAACGUAGACAACUUGCAUAGCGCCGCAACGCCCUCCACCUCUCUUGCAGCGAGCACAAUCCUCGAGCUACACGGCACGCUCAAACAUGUCGUUUGUGUAGGGGAAGCGGACAGAGAAUCCAGGAGAGGCGCUGCCCCGAGCAAUCCUGAACUCUACGAAGCUCUCAGAUCACCAUUGUACCAGAAAGGGACUGGUCACGUUGCGCCACGGCCUGAGAACACGAUCGCCGGCGAGCAUUACCCUCAUUCGUGCGGAUUCAUGGGGUCUCGAGCCGGCUUCCAAGAUGAGCUCACAAGGCUGAAUCCAGCUUGGGCGGAACUUGCCCGCGAGAUCAAAGAGACCGGCAAAGCGCCCAAGAUGAACCCCGACGGCGACGUCGAGCUAUCCGGCGUCGACUAUUCGACCUUUCGCUAUCCAUCGUGUCCCGGGUGCGGCAGUGCUCUCGUGAAGCCUACCGUAUGCUUCUUCGGAGAGACCGUACCGGACAAGAUCAGGGACAACUCGUUCCACAUGGUCGAUCAGAGCAGUGCGCUGCUGCUCAUAGGCACCAGCCUGGCAACGUAUUCAGCGUUCAGAUUGGUCAAGCAGGCGGUGGAACAGAAGAAACCAGUCAUGAUCCUCAACAAAGGCCCGACGCGCGCCGACGGCAUUGUACCAGACAAAAUCGAGCUGGGAUCAUCAGAGGUUCUGUCAAGAGUCGCUGCGCUGCUCUCGAAUGGAAGGGAGAGGAACGACACGGUACUGUCGAGGUUGCUCUCUUCUGGCGUUACAAUUCGGCCUGACGAGCCAAACGGAGUAGUGAGCAGCUAG